AUGCGAGUUGGAUAUCUUGUCGGGGUGGUCGCGGCGGUUUGUGGGGCUUUAGCCCAGCAAGAAGAGGGAGUAAAUAAUGGCACGGUAGCCGAGACGGUAGCCGAGGAACGUCCGCCACUGCGUGUGUCCAAGCACACCAACAACUGGGCCGUUUUAGUGUCGACCAGCCGGUUCUGGUUCAACUACAGACACAUGGCGAACGUGCUGUCGUUCUAUCGCACGGUGAAGCGCCUUGGGAUCCCGGACGACCAGGUGAUUGUGAUGCUGAGCGACGAUGUGGCCUGUAAUGCCCGAAAUCCUUUUCCGGGCGCUGUCUACAACGUGCACGAUCACAAGCUAGAUCUGUACGGCGAGAACAUCGAGGUAGACUAUCGCGGCUACGAAGUGACAGUUGAGAAUUUCAUUCGGCUGUUGACGGACCGCUGGGACAGCGACAUGCCUCGUUCGAAGCGGCUCAAUACCGACGCCAGCUCCAACAUUUUGGUCUACCUCACGGGCCAUGGUGGUAACGACUUCUUGAAAUUCCAGGAUGCCGAGGAAAUUGGGGCCUGGGAUAUUGCCGAUGCGUUUGGCCAGAUGUGGGAAAAGCGUCGUUACAACGAGGUGCUGUUUAUGAUCGACACGUGCGAGGCAAACACCAUGUACUCCAAGUUUUUCGCUCCAAACGUGAUUGCCGUGGGAUCGUCACAGCUCGACGAGUCUUCAUACGCCGACGAUACCGACCCGGAUGUCGGAGUGUCGCUGAUUGACAAGUUCACUUCCAUUAACCUCGGGUACCUCGAGCAAGUGAACAAAACAUCGCAGCUCACGUUGGCGGACCUGUUUGGGUACUAUGACCCUGUCGAAAUUGCAUCGCAUCCGGGGAUCCGAGAUGAUUUAUUCCAAGACGAUCUUGCCAGUGUGCGCAUCACGGAUUUCUUUGGCAACAUUCAAGAUGUCGAGGUUGACGCGGCGCCCAAAGAAAACGAGCAGCUGCUUGACCGGUUGUCGUCAGCAGAGGCUUCGGAACAAGCGUCUGGUCAUGCACCUGUCGCGAGUCCUGUUGCUCAACCCAAGCCAAUCUCAAAGACCGCCCAGAAACAAAAGCAGCCCAACACUGCCGUCCCUGCCCUUACAGUCAUUGGCUCCAUCAUCGCCUUGGUUGCCAUUUCUGCUAAAUUAUAA